UUUAGGAGGUCGCUGGCUUUUGUCUCUGUUAACAAUCACCUAUUACAAUAAAGCAACGUCAUUUUGACUGUUUUGGGAGGCGCAUGCGCAGACCAGCGGUGAGAAUUAGCGGUAGCUAGCUAGCUCAGUUCAGUUCAGUUCAGUUCAGCUCAGCUCAGCUCAGCUCAGCUCAGUUCAGCUCUCCGCUUUCACUCACUAUUAUAAACAGUUAUUGUGCUAACAGCUUGUCGUUUCUACCGAGCGGGAUUAACGGGACCGAGGCGUGAAAGAAUAUGCCCAAAAAUAAAGGUAAAGGAGGAAAGAAUCGGCGACGUGGAAAGAACGAGAAUGAGUCCGAGAAGAGAGAACUGGUGUUCAAAGAGGAUGGACAGGAAUAUGCUCAGGUGAUUAAAAUGCUGGGGAACGGACGUCUGGAGGCCAUGUGCUUUGACGGCACCAAGCGGCUUUGCCACAUCAGAGGAAAACUCCGGAAAAAGGUUUGGAUUAACACGUCAGACAUCAUCCUGGUCGGACUGAGAGAUUACCAGGAUAACAAAGCUGAUGUCAUCCUCAAGUACAACGCAGACGAGGCUCGCAGUUUGAAAGCCUACGGAGAGCUGCCAGAGCACGCCAAAAUCAAUGAGACAGACACCUUCGGGCCAGGAGACGACGAUGAGAUCCAGUUUGAUGACAUUGGCGACGACGAUGAGGACAUUGAUGAUAUCUAAAGACCUGCUACUAAAGGGGGAAGGUGGGAUUUUACUAGAGAUGCUCCGAUUGGUACACCGCACCAAUAAUAAUUAUUUUUAUUAAGAUCAGCCUAUGCCAGUCCAAUACAGUUUAUUAAUAUACAGUAUGUUUCAAUUUAUUCCAAUUUGUUUACCAUCAGUCGACGUCUUUGUUGUUUGGAGAACUUUAAGUGCAUUUCCCAUAGGGGUUUAAAAAAAAAAGGAAAAAAAAGAAAAGACAUCAGUAGUUUAUUGUGUUAACAUGAAUGAAUAUGAGAUGCUGCUUCAGUAAGACUGUCUCAGUUAUCACUCGUAGCAACUGGAGGGCGACGCAGCGGGCUGCCUGGUGACUGAUGAUGACGCAGACAGUUUCCUUUUUCUGCCUUCACGCAGUUGGAUCGGAGAAUCAGAGUAGGCUGAUCACCAGCAUCAUAUUUAGGGUGAAUAUCUGGAGCAUUGCUAGAUUUUUAUCGUUUGCCUGUAACAUCGACAAAACGGCAACUUUGCAAUCACAUCCAUCUAGUUGUUCGUUUUUUUUUUUUUUUUUUCUGUAAAGUCCAAACACUUGCUGUUUUAUAGAGGCUCAUGCCGAUACCACGACUGCAAAAUAUCUAACACCAAAUGCGUCUUUUAAAAAUGUAUUUAUAUUGAUUUCACACCAUGUGGAAUUUAACAACAAGUACAGAAUCUCUGGAUUCGCCAAUAAAAAGAUAAACCAGUUUUUUUUUUUUUUUGGUUUUGUUUUUUUUACAGUCUAUAUCAUUGUAGCUGUAGCCUGUAAGACAAUUUAUAAAGUUCACGACUGUUUGAAAGCUGUCGAUUAAUGAUAAGAAAGCUAAAGCUAAAUACACUGAGUAUGGUUGUGUAUCUUGAAGGUUUUUCAUUUUGUCAUCAUCGUAUUCUACUGACAACGUAUUACAGUAAACUACUUUCUCAUUUUGAAUUGAACCGCGGCCGAAGGAAGGCAGUCCCAUUCCCCUGAAAUCAGAAGGAGAAUCAAAUGUUUUUUUUUUUUUUUUCUGUUGUUUUCCCUUAUUUGUGUUUCUGACUGUUUUUUCGUUUUGUUUUUUUUUUCUUUCUCUGUUUCCAUGUUCUGUCUUGAACUCUUCGCUGCUCGCUCUGUGGCUUUGACACGCAGUGAAGCUCGGCCCGGUCGGUCGGCCGCUCUGUCUCACAUUAGACCAGCGGUUCCCGAACUUUUACACCACAGAUAGACACCGGUAAAACCUCACAGCAGAGCCAUCUGUCUUACUUAUUCUCUGAACUUCUAGAAAAUCAAAUAAGUCAUAUAUAUACAGUACAUUAUAUCUAUUUUCCUUCCCCCCCCCACAACCUCUGGAAACUUCCCCAUAUUCCCCGAGGGGGCCCAGCACCUCAGUUUGGGAACCACUGCUCUAGACCACAUGCGGCCUGUUGCUGUUGUUGCUGUCACUCUGAAUUAAUAAAAAUGUACUAUGAUGUUUGAAGGCUGGGUUUCCAAUAAAGAUCUUAACUCCA